CGGAGGGCCCGGGGCGGUGGCGCGCGUGCGCGGCCCCGACAGCCAGGAGGAAGGCGCGGGGCACUGAGCUGAGGCUGCGGUGGGAGAAGCUCAACUUGCUUCCCAGUUCCUGCCCUUCCCCAAGCGGGGAACUCGGAGACCAAGCAGCAACAACUGUGCUUUGGAUGGUCAGGCCCUAGGAUAUUUUGGUGUAUGAGGACCUGUCUAUAGACUAUACUGAGAAGAAGUGGAAAGGUCUGGCCCUUUACUGGAACAUGAUGUCAGAAAAUUACUGAAGCACAGCCUCAUUGGCAGGUAGAAACAUGAUGGAGAGUUCAGAGUUGACGCCAAAGCAGGAAAUUUCUAAUGGAUCAGAGUCAUCUGAUAGGAUACCUGGGGGACUCUUUGGGCUGGUUCCUGGGGGAACAGAGACUGGAGAUGUCCAUGAAGAUACUUUCGAGAAGCUAGAAGUGCCACCCUCAGAUGAAGAAGGGAGCAGACUAGAAAGUGCUUUCUUGGGAAUAACAGGUAAGGAUGAAAAAAUAUCCACAAAAGACAGGUGUGAGGAACAUAAGGAGGUUGGGGAACAUAGAAAUCUGUCUUCUCGUCCUGCUGAACAUGAAGGAACUCUAAAGGGACAGAAAUCCUAUCGGUGUGAUGAAUGUGGCAAAGUUUUCCGGUGGAGUUCACACCUCAUUGGCCAUCAGAGAGUCCACACUGGAGAGAAACCCUAUGAGUGUAAUGAAUGUGGUAAGACCUUCAGGCAAACCUCUCAGCUCAUUGUUCAUCUCAGAACACACACUGGGGAAAAACCCUAUGAAUGCAGCGAGUGUGGAAAGACCUAUCGGCACAGUUCACAUCUCAUUCAACACCAGAGAUUUCACAAUGGAGAGAAACCUUAUAAAUGUAAUGAAUGUGGAAAAGCUUUUAAUCAGAGUUCCAAACUUAUUGAUCACCAGAGAACCCAUACUGGGGAGAAACCUUAUGAAUGCAAGGAGUGUGGGGCAACUUUUAGUCGGAAUAGAAAUCUUGUGCGACAUCAGGUUCUUCACAGUGGUAAGAAACCUUACAAGUGUAAUGAGUGUGGGAGAGCUUUCUGUUCCAAUAGAAAUCUCAUAGACCAUCAGAGAAUCCACACUGGGGAGAAGCCUUAUGAGUGUAAUGAAUGUGGCAUGGCCUUCAGUCGGAGCAAAUGUCUUAUUCGACAUCAGAGCCUCCAUACUGGGGAAAAGCCAUACAAAUGUAGCGAAUGUGGGAAAGCCUUCAAUCAGAUCUCUGAACUUGCUGAUCAUGAACGAAUUCAUACUGGAGAAAAACCAUUUGAAUGUAGUGAGUGUGGUAAGGCAUUCAGUCUGAGUAAAUGUCUUAUUCGACACCAGAGAAUUCACACAGGUGAAAAGCCCUAUAAGUGCAAUGAGUGUGGAAAAUCCUUCAAUCAAAACUACCUCAUUAUACACCAGAGAAUUCACACUGGUGAGAAACCUUAUAAAUGUAAUAAGUGUGGAAAGGUGUUCAGUUAUAGCUCCAGCCUUAUGAUACAUCAGAGAACACAUACUGGGGAAAAACCCUAUAAAUGCAACGAUUGUGGGAAAGCCUUUAGUGACAGGUCACAGCUUAUUGUGCACCAGAGAGUUCACACUGGAGAGAAACCUUACGAAUGUAGUGAGUGUGGGAAAGCCUUUAGUCAGCGCUCCACUUUUAAUCACCACCAGCGAACUCACACUGGAGAGAAGCCCUCAGGUCUAGGUCGGUCAGUUUCUUAAGGCAUGGUUCUCUGAGACAGAGUGAAGACCUUUCAGUUAAGUUUUCUUUAUAAGAAGAUGCUCACACCCUGUCUUCCUUGGAAACACUAAUCAAUGUGCACCAUUGCCUGCCUGGUUUCCCUUGGGUCACUAAGGUGGGAGAGUGGGAAUAACUUAGUUUGAUCCUUACCCUACUACUAAGAAAGUAAGGACUAUACAUUUCAUUUACUUGUAGGUUUCCUUCUCUCUUUCUUUUUUAAACUAUUUUAAAAUCUAAUUUCUUGGUGUACAUCCCAUAAUCAGAUUCUGUGUUUCUCAAGAACAACGAUUAUAUCUUCUUUAUUCUACUGCAAUUCCUCCAUUUCAUCACUUACAUGAAGUCAUUGUAUAAGGUUAUUCUUGUCUGCUUCUUGGCUGUCAUCUUCCACGGCUACUUUUCAAAUUUAUAUUGUAACGUAUAUCCUCUCAUCAUUUUUCUUUUCUACCUAGAAAACCUUUUCUUCCUGUUUUGUAAUCAUCUCUCACAAUGUUCAAGGUUCAUCUCAUCUCUGAAAGGCUUUCUUCUUCAAAUGCUUCUUCAUUCCUCUUAUUAACUUCUUUUUAUUUGAUCUCAGUGCUUUAAAUUAUCUGGUGCUACAAUGUACAACUGUUGUUGAAUUGCCUUGUAAAUUGUCCUCAACUUAAUGCAUAUGUGUAGACUUUCAUAUCAACUUGUAGGCUCUUGAGAUCAGAUGUGGCAUCUAUUUCUUUUAACAUAUAGAUAAUAGUUUGAGUAUGCUAGUUCUUAAAUAUGUUUUGAAACUCAACUCUCAAAUUGAACCAUUCUUAACAUGGGUAUGGCCUCUCCCCUUGCCCUCAUCAUAUUUAUUGGACUAGAAACUUCUGAAGAUGGAAGUGGCAUCUCCUCAUAGUAUAUCACAUACAGAACUUCACUGAUACCUUCUAUGUCUGCAGUCCCCAAACCCUGAGCCAUGGCCCAUUACUAGUCUGUGACCUGUUAGGAAAUGGGUUAUGCACCACUGCCUGAGCUCUGCACCAUACUACCCCCACCCAUGAUACCCUACUGCCUCAUCUCCAGUCCAUGGAAAAAUUGUCUUACAUGGAACUGGUCCCUGGUGCCAAAAAAGUUGGGGACCACUGUGUGUUGCCGUGGAAGUUUUCCUAUUGGUACUUCAGACUUUAAGAGCUAAUGGAUUUAGUGUGAAUGAAUACCUGUGUAUUGAGUUGGGCAGUCAUAACUCACUCAUAUGUUCUUUGACUUGCAUGCUUAUUUAGUUCUGAACUAAAGCUGACUGCAUCCUACUUCCUAAAUAAACUUUGCAGUCAAAAUGUACUGAAAAGAAGACUUGACCUUAAUGGCUGUGGUACAGAUGAUUGAAAAUGCCAGCUAGGAGCAUCCCUGGGUGAUUGGAAUUCACAGUGAUGAGAUUUUUGGCAAGGUAAAAAAUCAGACUAAUAUGUUUUCCUUAUCAGCUAGCCAUAUCCAACUACAACUGCCAUCUUAAUGUCAAGAUGAGAGCUGUAUGUACCCUUAGUUAUCAGGCCAUCUUUCAUUCCCCAAAGACAUAAGAAACAGGAAAUCUCAGAGGAUUUCCCCUCUUUUUACAGUGACAUAUCAGUCAUGAACUUGAACAACAUUUCCUUUCUACCCUUGCAGUUGAGCCUCAAUCUGCAGGACCUUUGCCUCUUGUGUCCACCCGCUUCUCUUUCCAUCUCCCAAACUUCCUCU